UGGAAAAUGAGUAAAGAGAAGUAACAGAUUUGUCAAAUGAUGAUCAAACUCGUGUGGAAGAGAGAGAUACCUGUGUACCGAUGGAUUCUGUAUCUCAUGGUGAUGCAAUGGAGUCCAUCCCUACAGUGAUGGAAGAUGAGUCUCAUGACUCAAGUCAGAAUGGGCGCGGAAUGAGAAUCAAGAAAAUGAAACUCAUUCUUCAAUCUUCGUUCACAAAUCCGGAGAAGAGGAGGAAGCUUCACAAUGUAAACGCAUUUGACCCAUUUCAAGAGCUAGAUCCGACUAAGGCAGAUGACUUAGAGAAUUGGUUGGUUAAUGCACCUGACAGGUUACAAUCAAUGGAAGAUACGAGAAUAAAGAAAAUAAGCAGGAAAAACGACUCAAUUACAUCAAGGCAAAGUUUGGGGACUAGAAUGCAAUAAUCUAAAAUUUUAAUUUGAUCAAAGAACGAUGAGUUGAGAGCACCAAGAGUCAAUUGGAGUUGAAGAGAAGAUAAUGGGACAAGAAAUUUUGGAAAAUGACCAAAACACACACUUCAAAAAGUUUAGGGACCAAAUUGCAAAUUGGCCCCUAAAAUAGUUAAACUGUGCGUACGCAUAGGCUUGUAGGUCGUGCAUACGCACGAUUGGAAAAUUGAACUUCCGAAACUAAAUUGAUGAUAC